AUGGCACAAGCACUCUCGCCUGGCGAGGUUGUGGCGGCCGCGAUGCCGGUCCCUGAAGAGGAGUGGCGUGAGAAUUUGAACGUGAAGAUGAUCUGCAAGGACUGCAAGGAGGAUCCGCCUGAGCUGUUCGAGGACCAUGCUAGUGGCGAUUUGAUGUGUGCGAACUGCGGCCUCGUGCUUGCACAGCGUACCAUCGACAUGAGCUCCGAAUGGCGUACCUUCUCGAAUGAUGACCAGGGCAACGAUGACCCAAGUCGUGUCGGUGACGGACCCAAUGCUCUGCUCAACGGCGCUCAGCUCAACACCAACAUCGCCUUCGGCGACGGUCUUAAGAGUCGCGAGUUGCAUCGCGCGCAGAACAAGGUCAACCUGGACAAGGGCAACAAGAGUUUGCUGGUGGCAUACAAGCAGAUCGGUGCCUUCUGUGAUGGCUGGCAGCUGCCCAUCUCGAUCAGCGACCAUGCCAAGCACCUGUACAAGACAGCCGAUGAGAGUCGCUUGUUCAAGGGCAAAAGCACCGAGGCGCUGUGCGCAGGCUGUGUCUUCCUCGCUUGCCGUCAGAAUGGUGUGGGGCGGUCUUUCCGUGAGGUGAUGGAGCUGACGAGAGUAUCGAAGAAGGAGAUCGGCCGUGUCUUCAAGUUGCUUGAGCAGGUCCAUUACAAGGACAGGAACAAGAUGUCUGUGGUUGCCGGUGGACAGAUGACGACGAACACCUACCAAGGCAGCGCCACUGCGAGUCCUGCUGAGCUCUGCGACCGUUACUGCGAUCACCUUCAGAUGUCACGUCCCACGACCAAUGUCGCAAACGCACUGGCUGUUCGCAUGACGACCGAGGGUGUGCUUGCGGGCCGCUCGCCACUCUCUUCCGCAGCUGCCUGCAUCUUCAUGGCCGGCCAGCUCAUGGGCGAGAUCAAGACCGCGAAGGAGAUCCAGGCCGUGGCGCGUGUUAGCGAUAGUACCAUCCGUGGCGCGUACAAGUAUCUGUAUGCGGAGAAGGACAAGCUCAUCACGGAGGAGAUUUUGGCACGUGGUGCUGACCCGGAGCGCUUGCCCAAGCCUGCUUAG